AUGCACUGCCUCCACCACUCGCUCUCUACUCUUCCAUCCUUCGCCAAGUCCGCCGACAAAACUGCAAAGAAGUCCACCUUUGCCAGUUGCAAAACUCUCCAAAUCAGAGCCAUGAGAGCCGUAGUCCAGCGAGUCACCUCUGCCAGUGUGGAGGUUGAUGGCCACAUGGUAUCGGAGAUUGGACCAGGCCUUCUUGUUCUUGUUGGGCUCCACGAGUCUGAUACUGACUCCAAUGCUGAUUACAUAUGCCGUAAGGUGUUGAACAUGAGGUUGUUUACAAACGGGAGUACUGGCAGAGGAUGGGACCAGAAUGUUAUGCAGAGAAAUUACGAAGUUCUGUUAGUGAGCCAGUUUACAUUGUAUGGAGUGUUGAAGGGAAACAAGCCGGAUUUUCAUGUAGCAAUGCCACCCCAGAAGGCAAAACCUUUCUAUGAAUCUUUGGUUGAUAAAUUUCGGAAAGCUUACAGACCGGAUGCAAUAAAAGAUGGUGUGUUCGGAGCAAUGAUGAAGGUUAAUAUAGUGAAUGAUGGACCGGUCACAAUGCAACUGGACUCUUCACAAUCAUCCAAGAGCACUAAUGAGGAAACAGGAAAAACCAUUAAUUGAUCGGUUCAUGUGGGGGAUGAAGUUCUGUAGUUGAUCUAAUCUCUCCUUGUGAGACAGAAGUUAACAACAUUUAGCGUCUACUAGUGGAUGUAAAACAAUUUAUGAUUAAGCAGGGGGUCUUUUUACCUGACAAGUUGGAUGGUGAUUGAGGCUUCCAUGCCAGCUCUUCUGAGCUGCACAAUUAGCCGACAGGCCUGCCCACUCUAAGCCCCUUUAUCUGUCUCCACUGGUAUAUGCUUCCAGCUGAAUAAGUGAUCAUGCAAUUGGACAGGGUUACCCUUGUUAAUCACAUUAUUCAACAGAUGUUACUCAAAAUUACUGUACUCGUAUAUUCUUGAAGAGAAAUUGCAUGUUAUACGCCACUCUUUUCUAA